ACAGGCGGUGGGCCAAUGGCCGUCUCAGCGCCUCACCUAGUCAGCCACGUGGGCCCAGGUAUGCUGGUGGCUCCGCCCAGGGCCCAGCCCGGUCCCUCCCCAGCCCUGGGCUCCGGGAGCGGAAAUUCCUGCGCCGGCGGGACGGAUCGGACGCCAAUCCCAACGGGCGGACUAGGCCAUGGAGCCAGUAGCGACCUGGACCCCCGGGAAGGCCUCGAUGACUCCCUGCAGGACUAUUGCUUUGAGGACUGGGAGCUGCCUGGCAAAUACCUGCUCCAGCUCUGCCCCCGCAGUCUUGAGGCUCUGACCGUGUGGCCUAUAGGCCACCAGGAGCUCAUUCUUGAAGGGGUGGAACAGCUCAGGGCCCUGACCUCUGGGCUACAGACAGAGAACCUGCAAAGCCUGACAGAGGGGCUGCUGAAGGGGACCCAUGCCUUCCAGAGCUUAGUCCAAGGCUGCCUGGGGGGUUGUGCCGAGACCCCUGCCGAGGUCCUCAGUGCCGCUGUGAAUCUGGUGCGUGAGGCCCGUACCCUCCUUUUCUGGCUCAACAGGUACCUCUUCUCCCACUUAAACGACUUCUCGGCCUGCCAGGAGAUUGGGGAGUUGUGCGGGGAGCUGGGCCAGGCCUUGCAGGAGGACUGUCCAGCGGCUGAGAAGGAGAGCCAAAUCCUGAAGAUUUGCAGCCACGUGGCCGGGAUCUGCCAUAACAUCCUGAGCUGCAGCCCCCAGGAGCUGCUGGAGCAGAGGGCAGUGCUAGAGCGAGUGCAGCUGGAAGAUCCUUUGGGCCUGGAAAUCCACACCACCAGCAAUUGCCUGCACUUCGUGUCCCGAGUGGGCACCGAGCUGCAGAUCCAGCCUGGAGACGAGAUUGUCCAGAUCAAUGAGCAGGUGGUGGUGGGCUGGCCCCAUAAGAAUGUGGUGAGGGAGCUGCUCCGGGAGCCAGCUGGAGUCAGCUUAGUGUUGAAGAAGGUCCCAGUGCCGGAGACCCCGCCACAGACGCCUCCUCCGGCCCUGGACUUCCCACAGCUCAGGGUCCCAUCACUGGUUCUGGCCCCACCGUCUCCCAGGGCCUCGUCUGAAGACAUCUUUGCCUUUGACCUGACUUCAAACCCAAGUUCUGGGCCCAGUCCUGACUCAACAGGCAGUUUCAAAGCCCCACCAGGUGGUGGAUGCCCUGGGCAAGACUCUGCCUCCCUUGACCCUGAGCCCCUCUCCAUCGCCCCUGUACCCCCAGCCACACUCCCAGCAGAGGUAGCAGAGACUCAGAGACCCUCAGAAGAUCCUGACAAGGUCAGCUCAAGGGUUCAACAGGAGGGGGGUGGUUCUGAACCCAGACCCCUCUCUAACUCCCUAUGGUUUUUUCAGAGUUCUGUCCCUGGUCGGAAGAAAUCAAAAGGUGUGGCGACGCGGCUGAGCCGUCGGCGGGUGUCAUGCCGGGAGCUGGGCCUGCCAGACUGUGAUGGCUGGCUCCUGCUGCGCAAGGUGCCCGGUGGCUUCAUGGGUCCACGCUGGCGCCGCUGCUGGUUUGUGCUCAAGGGACACACGCUUUACUGGUACCGCCAGCCCCAGGAUGAGAAGGCCGAGGGGCUCAUCAAUGUCUCCAACUACAGUCUGGAAAGUGGACAUGAUCAGAAGAAAAAAUAUGUGUUCCAGCUCACCCAUGAUGUAUAUAAACCCUUUAUCUUCGCUGCUGAUACCCUUGCGGAUCUGAGCAUGUGGGUGCGCCAUCUCAUUACCUGCAUUUCCAAGUACCAGUCUCCAGGCCGGGGCUCCCUACCCCGAGAGGAAGACUGCUACAGUGAGACAGAAGCAGAAGACCCUGAUGAUGAAGCUGGGUCCCGCUCAGCCUCGCCCAGCCCGGCCCAAGCUUGGAGUCCGCUCCAUGGAGACACAUCACCUGCAGCCACCCCCAUGCAGGGCAGCCCAGAGACCUCCUUCAGCCUCCCAACAGACAACUAUGAAGGGUCACUGGAAGGAAUGGUACAGGGCCUGAGGCAGGGUGGUCUGUCUCUCCUGGGCCAGCCACAGCCCUUCACUCAUGAACAAUGGCGGAGCUCUUUCAUGCGUCGCAACCGUGACCCCCAGCUCAAUGAGCGAGUGCACCAUGUGCGGGCGCUGCAGAGCACACUCAAGGCAAAGUUGCAGGAGCUGCAGGCCUUGGAGGAAGUGCUAAGCGACCCCGAAUUGACUGGAGAGAAGUUCCGGCGGUGGAAGGAGCAGAACCAGGAGCUCUACACAGAGGGCCUGGCGGCCUGCGGAGAGGUGCAGGCUGAGGGCAGCUCCCAAGUCCUGACCUCUGACUCUAGAGAACAGUCUUUCCACCCACUGCCCUCUGACCCUGAGGAAAACGCCCAUCUCUGCCCCCUGGCUCCUGAGAGCAACCUCCAACCUCCUGACCUCUGACCCUGGCCAAUACCCUAGCUCCUGACCUCUGGCCCUGAAGACCACCUUCACUGCCCCAGCCUCUGUCAUGUCUAGAGCAUUCUUGGAUUCUGUUCAACGUUGGAAGUAGAGCUAGUCCAUGGUUUCACCCCAAGCUGAACCCCUCUGCCUGAGCGUCCACCAUUUCCACUACCCUCUCCCCCUUGCCAAUGAAGGCGUGGGAGGCUGGGCUGAAAGAAACUCUCCCAUCCAUCCUGCCCCCCUCCAAGGUCUUGGCACUUCUUUCCUCCCCAGACCAGUCUGUACAGCCAUUCUUCACUUUGCACAAGAGACAGUUUUCAACCAAAUAAAGUCAAUUUCUCUGACAUGAA